UUGGACUUUUACAAAUCGGUAGAUUUUAAUGGUAGCAAACAAAAAUCAGUCGUCGCUCUUCAUCUCUUCAUUCAAAGGCAAUCAUUUUACUAUAUUUUUAACCUGGUGAUUCCAACUGCACUCAUCACCGUGGUUGCCGUACUUGGGUUUCAUUUACCAGCCACAUCUACUGGCCCUCGAUAUACAAAACUUCGCCUUGGUAUGAUGACGCUGCUCUCAAUGUCAAUUUUACUGCUGACCGUCGUGACAGAAAUGCCUAAAUUUGCACUGGAGGCUGUCCCCGGAAAAAAAGGUUCAUUCAGCGGAGUGCCACUAAUAGGUAAAUUUAUUUGUUUAGUGUAUCAUUUACGAAAACGCUUUUUUGUAUUUAUGUAA